AUGCAAAAGCCAGAGGAGAAAGACAAAGCAGACAAGCCAAAGGUGAAGAAGGAGCUUGGGACAGAGGAGAAACUCUGCACGCCACCCAAGGCUGCACGACAUGAGCCAGAGCUUAGCGGAGAGAGAAAACUGAGCACUCCUCCACGAGUUGAGAAAGCAAACAAACGCAAGUUGAUCCAAACGGGGAAAAACCAUGCAGCUCCAGGAUUUGGUCCAAAGGAAGCUGAGAAGCAGCUGAAAGCUCCCAGGCCUGCUGGACAGAACUUGUUGGAACCAGCAAUUCCCGACCUCAGAAAUAUGACUACAGAGGCUUUUGAGAAAGCAAUGAAUUCAAAGAAGUCAUCCCAAAAGACGGAAUUGAAGAAGCCGAAGCCCCAUGAGAAGCACCUUGAGCCCAAAGAAGAACAGGAAGAGGACCAACCAUUGAAUGGAACAGUUGUGCUGAUGGAGGAUGAUGACGAUCAGGAUGAUUUGGACAUGGCAGAGUGGGAUUCGGGAAGGAAGCGCAGGAGGACAGCGAAGUUCACUCGAACAUGCCAGAAGAAGCUGCCAUCAACAAGUCAGCACAAGAGCGCUGCUUUGUCAAAUUGGCUGGCACGCAAAGGCCUGACCUACCAAAUUUUUGUACUCAAGCACCGCAAGAUUGCCACAAUGAAGCGGACUUGGAUCUGCCACAAUGACGGCUUUGUGAUCUUCAAGAAGAAGCUUCUGGAUGGGACGAUCUUUGAAGGUAGGUGCAAGGGUUGCUCGCUCGCUUUGGAAGAGUGUGAAAUCACUGUGGAGUCCAUGCAGAACUUUGAAACGGACUUUAGCGGCGAGGCAGCAAUUACUGACCACAAGGAGGAGAAGCAUCAGCCAGAGCAAACGGAUGAGAAAAGUAAGAAAAGAAGGAAAAGAAGACAGCAAGCCGAGGAGGAGAUUCUGCUUGAGUACAAGAAGUGCGUUGAGUAUGUCAAGGACCAGGGUGGCAGCGAAGUGGAGUUUGAAGAAACUAGUCCUCCACCUUCAGUUCUACACUACAAGUGCAAGGUUUGCAGAACGAAAGGACAUCCAGAUGGAAAGAUCAACUACCUGGGUCCACCAAAAUUGAACUCGGUGCAGUUCUAUUUGAAGCAACACUUAGAGUGUCCAACCCAUGUGCGGAAUCGGAACCGGAUGAAGCUGAUUGACGGACAAGAAGGGAAAGACCCAUGUGAAGAUAGGUGCCCAGGGUAUUGGGUGUCAGACAAGAAUCCAUUCGCCACUGGAACCCUGUACCACUACGAGACCGAAUUCCAGCUUUGGUGCACAAAUGCAAAAGUAGAUGGAGAGAUGACACGCCACCAUUACUAUAGUGAUUUGGCACAAGGUCGGUGGUAUUGCAGACAUCGAAAUUGCAGUGGCAAAGUAUCCCAGAAGCAACAAGCCUGCACAGCGUGCCAAAGCCUAGGUGAGUGUGGAUCAGUCCAACGUCAUGUGCUCCGCUUUGCUACAAAGUGGUAUGCAGGGAUAUUGCUGAACAAACGCUUGUUUCAACCUGCGGAAAGUGCUUCUGAAUUCUUGGAGAAGCUGCAGAACUCAGCUUUCGGCGCCAGGUGUUCCUUGUGGUCUUCCGUGGUGGCUUUGGACAACGCUGAGCUGCAGCAGUGGGUUCGCAAAUCAUUUGCAAAGAACGGUGAUGCCACAGACAACCUGGUGAGAUCUGUGGAUUCGAUUGUUAGCCCUACUUUGCGGGUGCACGUCGGCAGCAUCGAUUGCCGCAUGAAGACUCUGUUUACGCAAUUUGCCUCUGCAAUUGACACGAAUCAGCUUGAUGAACUGAAGCAGAUCAAUCUGAAGCUGGCCUCUGCCAUCAUCAGUGGAGCUUUGGAUAAGAAUGCUGUUGUGCAAGGAUUGCUUGCGCAAUGUCUCAUGGGCUUGGAAAAACGGAGCCGUGGCAUCGCGUCAAAUCGCGGCAGGUUACCCAACCAGUCUGCUACAGAAAGGAGUAUCAUCGAAGAAGCCAGCCUCAAUCUGGCUUUGCUGGGUGCUAACAAAAGAUUAGCAAAGUCCCUUGGUCAGAAUCUGACGCUUCCAAGGGUGAGAGUUGAAGACCUUCCCGAGCAAGGCCUCCCGAACCCCAUGCUAGCGCUCCAUUCCGACCACCAGGAACAACUUGCUUCCAACGUGGAGUUGCUGGACCAACUUUUUCAUCGGUCUGAGCAAAUGCCGAAGAGGAGGCUUAUCCUGGCAAUAGACCACACAUAUUUGGAGCCAGUUCUAGUCCAGGCCCGAGUGCAGGGUGUUGCUGGAACAAUUGGUGGUCCUUGGAGCCCAAACGAGGAGAACUUUUGCUUUGUGGAGACGGGGAAGUUGGAUCGCGAGGCUCUCAAGAUGGGUGGUGCGACAAUGAUGCUGGAGUGCUUGUGUUGGGACCCUAACUCCCAGAAGAAAGAGACCUACAGCUUGGCAUCAAUGCCUAUGAGCCUCAAGAGAUCCAAAAAGAUUGACAUGACUUUGGUCAAGCUGACCAAGACUAUGUCAACGAAGCUCCAUUCUGGAAGCACUGCACGUCAUUCAUCGAAAAACUUGGCAGGACAGCUGUGCACUCCGAUUCGGAACUUGCUUCUGGGGAAAUUUUUCGUUGAUCACAGCCGGGGUUACUGGCAGGCGGCCGCGCGGGAUAUGCUACGAGCUUUCAAAUCUCGUGAACCCAAUGGCCCAGCUCCGGAGCAGAAACAUAAGCCAUUGGAUGAUGCCGAGUUCAAGGCCUGCAGUGAGAGAGCAUUGGAGGCUGCUUUGGCCCUUGUUGCGCACACCAGUGGAGUCACUGUGUCUUCCCUCACGGAGAUGUACGAUGAAUGGUGCAAGUCCGGACGCUUCACUGACACUUGUGCAGCUGCAGCAGUCUCGCCUGAUGAGGUGGAUAUUGACGAGGAUGAAGGCGAUCAGGAAGAGCUGGAUGAGUGUCAGCGUGUCCUCCGUGAUAUCGAAGACAGUAUGGGUGUCCUUGAAGAUGAAGGUUCUGUUCCCAAGACUUUGCACGAGGCACUCUUCAAGGACCCUGAUGCACUGAAAGGGUCCAUUAUCUGGGAUAGGUACAAUGAGCGCAUUCUCCGUGAGAUCAACCAGAAGCAGAAUUCCGCGGAGUUUCGACAACGUGCAAGCCGGCUGGACAAAUGGAAGAUGGCAGCUCGUGCUUCGCUGGAAGGCACUCAGGAGGAGGUCCCAGAUAGGAAAGGGAACAUCGUCAUUGCGGUGGUGCCGAAGCGAUCUCACCAGAAGACUUGCCGAGAGGCCAGGGUUUGCAUGGUGAUUUCUAUUUGGAGAAGUGCCAAGAAGCCCAAGUUGUGCACCGCACCCCUGGGCCUUGCACAUGUCCUUGCUUACCGAGCCGUGGAGCUAUCACCAGAUACCAGCAGUGAUCGUUCCGACCAGUGGACAUGCUCAGGGAGGUCAACAAGCGUAGUCCUUCGACCUGAGGCCACAGUAGCGCUGCUGGAUUUUUCGAUUGCUGAGGAUUCUGAUGAGAAGUUGUCAGUGGUCUUUACUACAGGAGCCAUGGAUUUGAUCAACCGCAUGGAGGAAUUUGCCUCUUCAUGGCCCCAGGAACAACUAGAUGUUCGCUUGAAUGUGGUCCUGCCACGUCAAGGCAGGAAGCGCAAAGCGCAAGGUGGAGAAGAAGGCAAGGGCAAGGCAGAAGACGAGGAUGCACAGGAUGCAGAUGAGAAAGACAAGGCCGACCAGACGGACGGGGCCAAGAAGAAGAAGAAGAAUUCCAAGAAGUCCGGCAAGUCAAAGAAAAAGAAGACGGUGGCAAAGCUCAAGAAGAAGCUCACCAAGUUGAAGGCAGCCCCUGCCGAGAAGCCGGAGAUUCCCUUGGUGGUAGAGAAUAUGAAGAAGAAUUCUUCAGGUGAUGAACUCAUUCAACAGGAGUUGCAGAAGCUCAAGAACACCGAGUCUUCGACUUUCAAGACCAACCCACUCUUCACAGAGGAGGGUUUGUGCCGGAUCAAAUCGAAGGGAACAGAAGGCACGCCGUGGAAGCACAUCAAGAGCUUUGCCUACAAGUACUUCAAGGCAGAGUAG